AACUGAUGUUUAAGUUUCAGACAUAAAGACAUAAGAAUCGUGUUACAGAAUCCUGGUGAACAGCUGGCUUGAGUCUCUACCUUUCUCUAUAAUAUCCUGUAGAAGAUCUUUAAUAAGAACAUUUACAGUCUUAUACAUUCUACACUCAGGACAGAAUCCGAAGGCGUUUGUAAACAAAGAUGGCGCUUUGGUAUCAGCUACAACAGCUGGACUCAACAUACCUGCAGCAGAUCGGCCAGCUUUACGACGAUGCGUUUCCCAUGGAGAUUCGUCAGUACCUCAGCCAGUGGAUUGAAACCACUGACUGGGAUGGUGUGGCCCUUGAUGAGUCCCUAGCGAGGCUACGUUUCCAUGACCUUCUCAGUAAGCUGGAUGAGCUUUAUGGCCGCCUGAAUCCGAGCAACAACUUCCUCCUUCAGCACAACCUCCGCAAAAUACAACAUAACCUACAGGAACACUUUCAGGAAAAUCCAGUGUACAUGGCUAUGAUUAUAUCCAACGCCCUGAAAGAAGAAAGAAGAAUUCUGGAUAUGGCCAUUAGAACGCAGGAUAAUACAGGCUCACCUCAGGGCAACAUUGUGAUGGAGAAGCAGAAACAACUGGACAACCAGGUGAACGAGCUGAAGAAAAAAGUGCAGAAAUCAGAACAGGACAUUAAGGCUCUGAAGGACCUACAAGACGAGCACGACUUCAAGAGGAAAACUUUACAGAGUAGAAUGGAGGUUCAAGUAAAUGCAUCUAUAGCAAAAGAGAUUCAGAUGGAGCAGUUGAAGAUCAGAGAAAUAUACCUUAAUCUGAACAGACUGAGAGAGGUAGUUGUAAAGGAGUUAUUAAAUACACUACAAUUAGCAGAUCUGAUCCAGAGCACACUCAUAUCAGAAACGCUUCCAGAGUGGAAGCAGAGGCAACAGAUAGCUUGCAUUGGUGGCCCUCCAAACGCUUGCUUGGAUCAAUUACAGAACUGGUUCACAGCAGUGGCAGAAUGUUUGCAGCAGAUCCGUCAUCAGCUAAACACGCUGCAGGAACUGGUGCUGAACUUCACUUACAAAAACGACCCCAUCGCUUUGAACAUGAGCUCAUUGCAGGAGCAGAUGCUGUCGCUCUUCAAAAAUCUCCUCAUCAAUUCCAUUGUGGUGGAAACGCAGCCGUGUAUGCCCACGCAUCCGCAGAGACCACUGGUGCUAAAGACUAGUGUCCAGUUUACAGUUAAAAUCAGGCUGCUGGUCAAUCUACCGGAGUUGAACUGCCAGCUAAAAGUUAAAGCAUCUUUUGAUAAGGAUAUAACAGAAAAGAAUAUGGCCAAGGGAUUCCGUAGGUUCAAUAUUUUAGGAACCAAUAUUAAAGUCAUGAAUAUGGAGGAAUCUAGUGGCUGCCUGUCUGCAGAGUUCCGGCACUUGCUACUGAAAGAACAGAAAGCAACUGGAAGUAAAACAAAUGAGUCUCCUCUUGUCAUCACAGAGGAACUUCAUUCCAUCAGCUUUGACACUCAACUCAAGCAAGCAGAUGUUUCCAUCGAUAUAACGACCACCUCACUUCCUGUAGUGGUAAUAUCUCAUAACAGCCAGAUGCCCAGCGCCUGGGCCUCCAUCCUCUGGUAUAACAUGCUCUGUACUGACUAUCAGAACCUUGGGUUUUUCCUGAACCCUCCUUUGAUGAUGUGGGGAGACCUAGCAAAGGUUCUGAGCUGGCAGUUUUCCUCGAUCACUAAGAGAGGUCUUAACAUGGAGCAACUGAGCAUGCUUGCAGAUAAAAUACUCGGUCCUGAGGCUCAAGAAGACCCGGAAACUCCAGUCUCCUGGAGCAAGUUCAUUAAGACAUCAUCCAAUGAGAGAGGAGUUGCUUUCUGGCUGUGGCUUGAUGGAAUCCUGGACCUCAUUAAACGAUGCUUACUGAACAUCUGGAAUGAUGGGUAUAUCAUGGGCUUUAUUAGUAAAGAGAAGGAGAAAAUUCUGCUUCAAGACAAACGUCCAGGCACUUUCCUCCUGCGCUUCAGUGAGACAUGUAAAGACGGAGGCAUCACCAUCACGUGGGUGGAGCAGUCCCUGAACGGUCAACCUCAGACACACUCUGUGAAGCCCUACAGGAAGUGGGAUUUAGUCAACCUCUCUUUUCCUGACGUCAUUCGGACCUACAUGUUGAUGGGCACGGAGAACAUUCCGGAAUAUCCUCUGCUCUAUCUGUAUCCGGACAUCCCAAAAGACGUCGCGUUCGGCCACUACUACAGCAGCACUUCAGAUGCUUCAGAAGACAUGGACGUGGAUAAACCAAAUCCCCCGGAUCCUUACUUGCCCAGACAGAUCAUUUCAGUGUCAGGCCCAGAAAGAAGACCUCAGGACAGAAUCCUGCCUGAGAGUCCAGGAUUUCAGUGUGCCGCAGAGCAUUAACAAAAACAACAGCAUGGAUGAUAUGGUUUAAAGGAAACCUACAUGCUGAUUUUAUUUUAUUUUUUUCUCUUAUCAGUGUGAAAGUUUGCCGCAGUAAAUCCGCAGCAGUGAAUGCUUCCAUCCUCGUCCUCCAGCUUUCCUGAAAAAGAAAUUUAACGUGUGUGUGUGUGUGUGUGUGUGUGUGUGUGUGUGUGUGUGUGUGUGUGUGUGUGUGUGUGUUUUAUGGUGAAUUUUUUGAAUUGCACUUUUGUAAAAAAUCAUUACAGUAUGUACCUGGGUGAAGAGACAGACAGAAUUUACCUCACAGCUUUAUUUAAUAUUGUACAUCUUAAAUUAAUAAUAUAGACUUGUAAUUUGAAACGGUUAGCUCAUACUCUGAAUCAGGUCACGUGUUCACACACUUCAUACAUUGAACUCGGUUACAUGUUAACACAGCUCAUAGUCUAGACGCGUUCACGUGUUAACACAGCUCAUAGUCUGGACCUGUUUCUUUAAAUGUUGGAAUUACGACUAACAAUAAUGUUAAAUAUUAAACAUUUUAAUUUAGUUCAGGAGAAAGUUCUGAUUUACUCCUGAAAGCUUUCGAACAAUUGAUGGAAUAAUUAUAUAAUGUAUAAUGAAUAGGAAUAAAUAAAUGUUCCAUUCGUUA